UUUAACAUAUUUCCUUUCUCAUUUUUUUGUCCAUCCAGCCAGAAGUAGAAACGAAUGGGGAUUGAACUGAUUUGUCUCCUAGCAUUCUUUCUGCACGGGAAAAAUCAUGUACAAGGCACUUGUUCUCUGGGAAGUACAAUGACUUGUGGAGACUGCCUGAAAUCAGGACCGCACUGCGCUUGGUGUUCCCAAAAGAACUUUAUGGAUUAUUUAGGUGUCACUGCACGAUGUGAUACACCUGCGGUUCUCUUAUCAAAGGGUUGCCUGCUAAGUCACAUUGAAUUCCCUGAAUCUAAAGUAGAAAUACACAGGAGUAAGCCACUUACUGAAGGAGCCCAAGCAAACAGUUCAGAUGUUACACAGAUAACCCCCCAGAAGCUAGUACUCAAAUUGCGGCCAGGAAAAGAAGUAACAUUUCAAGUCCAUGUGCGUCAAAGUGAAGACUACCCUGUAGAUUUAUAUUACUUGAUGGACCUGUCAGCCUCCAUGAAAGAUGAUCUGAAGACUAUCCAGGUGUUGGGGUCCACUCUAUCACAAGAGAUGUCCAAGCUAACCAGCAACUUUCGCCUUGGCUUUGGGACAUUUGUAGAGAAGCCAGUUUCCCCGUAUAUUAUAACUAUUCCAAAAGUAAUUGAAAACCCUUGCCCUUCAUAUGGAUUUUGUUUGCCAACCUUUGGGUACAAGCAUGUUUUGUCCCUGACCUAUAAUACAACGGAUUUUAAUGACAGUGUGAAGAAACAGACAAUAUCAGCAAAUAUCGACACUCCAGAGGGGGGAUUUGAUGCAAUCAUGCAAGCAACUGUCUGUAAAGACAGGAUUGGAUGGAGGAACGGAUCGAUGCAUUUGCUGGUGUUUGUGACAGACGCUGAUUCCCACUAUGGUAUGGACAGUAAACUGGCUGGUAUUGUGAUACCCAAUGAUGGUCAGUGUCAUCUAGACAGCAAUAAUGAAUACUCCAUGUCAACUGUCCAGGAAUAUCCGACUCUUGGUCAGCUGAUUGAGAAGCUGGUGGAGAAUAAUAUUCUGCUUAUUUUCGCUGUUACGGAAAAACAAGUUCCUCUGUAUCAAAAUUACACCAAGCUCAUACCUGGAGCCACUGUUGGACGGCUGCAAGAAGACUCCCGAAACAUACUGCAGCUGAUUUUAACUGCAUACAAAGAAUUGAGGUCGGAAAUUGAGCUUGAAGUAUCGGGAGACACCGAUGGACUUAACCUCCUCUUUACCGCACACUGUAACAACGAAACAUCCAUCCCAAACAGCAGGCGGUGCCAGCAAAUUAAAGUUGGGGACAGAGUUUCCUUCAGUGUGACUAUAAACUCAACUUCCUGUGCCAAGCAAACGCGACACAUAGCCAUAAAGCCUUUAGGUCUUCAAGAGAGCCUGGAGAUUGAGAUUCAUUCGGAGUGCUCUUGUUCAUGCAAGUCUAAAGCUGAAGAGGAGAGCCCCGAGUGCAGCCAGGGAAAUGGCUCGAUGGAGUGUGGAGUGUGUGUAUGUAAGCCAGGCUUCCUGGGAGCUCAGUGCGAAUGUAAUGAGGCCUCUCUGAACAGCAGCUCCUGCAAAGAACUGGAUGCGUGUAGUGGCCGCGGGGAGUGCUUCUGUGGACAGUGCGUCUGUAAUCCAUCAGUAUAUGGACGUGUCUAUGGACAUCGCUGUGAAUGCGACGACUUUUCAUGUGUUCGGCACAGGGGACUUAUAUGUGGAGGCCAUGGAGACUGUGAAUGUGGAGAGUGCGCCUGCCACAGUGGAUGGACUGGCCCGUACUGUAACUGUACCACAAACAUAGACCUUUGUAUCUCAGAGAGUGGAAUUCUGUGCAGUGGAAGAGGUAAAUGUGAGUGCGGCAAGUGUCUCUGCUAUGGCGCAGGCGUCUCCGGCGAUACUUGUGAGAGAUGUCCAACCUGUGGUGAUCCCUGUGACUUUCAAAGACCCUGUGUAGAAUGCCAUCUGCUUUCAGAGGAGGAGAAAACAGCAUCAUGUGCAGAGACAUGUCACCUACUGGAUGUCACGGUCAGCCAAGAUCAAGAUUUCUCCGAAGAUAAAUCUAUUUUCUGUAGCAUGCAAGGUGAAAAUGAAUGUGCUAUUACAUUUUGGAUGGCCACGGACGAGCUCGGAAAGAAAGUCAUUUAUAACCUGAGCCAAAACGAUUGCCCAGAACCUCCAAAUAUUCCCAUGAUCCUAACUGGUGUCUCUAUCGCCAUUGUGUUAAUUGGCUUAGUGGUGUUGUGUAUAUGGAAGUUGUUGGUGUCCUUUCAUGACCGGAAAGAAGUUGCCAAAUUCGAAGCAGAGAGGUUGAAGGCAAAAUGGCCACAGGAUACAAACCCAUUGUACAAAGACACUAUCAGUACAUUUAAAAAUGUCACCUAUGAGCGAGGAAUAAGAAGAGACGGCGCAGCGUGAAGACAUAUUCCAAUGGCUAUGCAGAGGUAUAGAAGAUUAAUGUAUUCCAGAUUCCUGGAGUUUUCUACGCAAUUCAAGGCCCUGAGCUGCGAGUUCAUUAGUUCUAGUAGAAAUUCAUGACUUUGCCAUUCAUCCGAACACAGCCCUGGGCCAAGGCAGAAUCCAUGCAUCACAGAGUACUGAAGAAGAAAGAACUACUGAACAAUGCGACGAUUCGGACAGGGACAUAAUUACAAAUAUCAGGGGCCCAUAGCAAACUAAUAAGAGCCCUCUGCCUUCCUAAAGGACUGUAAUUAAGGGUAUGUGCGUAUUUACAUUUGAACUGUGUAUUUGCAUUGUGUUUGCACUAUUUCUACUUUGUGCUUUUUCACAUUCACAGUGAGUCAUCCUGGAGAUCAUUAAUUGCCACCGUGACUGUGACUAUGUUACAUACUGCCACAGUUGCAGUAAAUGAAUCUGAAAGCAACAUGCACCAUUCAAAAGUGUCUGGUACAAGCUAAGCAGGGCGGUGUGUAGUGGCCUUGAUUUCAUGGUAGAGAUUAACACUACAGAUUCAGCGUACCCCUUACAGCUGUCUAGACCUCA